CGGAAAUAAAAUUGAUAUAAAUUCUAAUAUUGCUGUAUAAAAAAACUCAUAAAAUGGCUAUGAAUUAUCCUGAUGUAAAUGAAUUAAAACACACAGCAUUACUAAAUUUUAUGGAACAAUUCAGUGAAAAUGCAACUGUAUGUGUUUAUGCUCCAGGACGUGUGAAUUUAAUCGGUGAACACACUGAUUACAACGAUGGUUUUGUGUUACCUAUGGCGUUACCAUUAAUCACAAUGAUUGUUGGAAAACCAAAUAAUAUGAAAAGGUGCAAGAUUAUUUCAAUGAGUGAAGCUAUUGGAGAUGAAAAAAUAUGUGAAUUUGAUUGCAGUAACCAUGCAGCAUUAAAAGCAGGAGAUCCAAAAUGGUCCAAUUAUGUUAAAGGAUGCUUAGCGAAUUUUAAACCCCCUCUAAUAGGAUUUAAUGCUGUAAUUGUAUCUACGAUCCCGAUUGGUGCUGGACUUAGUAGUUCCGCUGCACUUGAGGUUGCAACGUAUACAUUUUUGGAAUCUAUAACUAAGGACAUUUCGAUUAAACCAAAAGAUAAAGUUUUAGCAUGCCAACGAGCUGAACAUGAAUUUGCAGGGGUACCAUGUGGAAUUAUGGAUCAAUUUAUUUCUAUAAUGGGUCUAGAGGGGCACGCACUUUUAUUAGAUUGUCGUGAUUUUAUAACUAAGCAAAUUCCCAUGAGUCAAAUGGAUAAUUACAUUUUUAUUAUCACCAAUUCCAAUACAUCGCAUAAACUUACAUUAAGCGCAUACCACGAGCGCCGUACUAGUUGUUAUGCAGCAGCUAAGGUCUUGAAUAAAACAAGCCUUAGAGAGGCUAAUAUCAGGGACAUUGAAACACAAUGCAAUCAGUGGUUUUUAUGCUUAGCAUUGAAGAACAAAAAUGUAUCCGACAUUAUGAUAAAAAGAGCACGACACGUGAUUACGGAAAUUCAGAGAACAAUCGAAGCUGCAACUUGCCUUGAAAAUAAUAACUUCAUUAGAUUCGGCGAGUUAAUGAAUGAAAGCCACGACUCUCUGCGCGAGGAGUAUGAAGUCUCCUCAAAAGAGCUUGAUAAUCUAGUGAUGAUAUCCCGUAGUGUGGACGGUGUAUUGGGUAGUCGCUUAACUGGUGCAGGCUUUGGUGGAUGUACAAUAACUUUGGUAAAAAAGAAUGCGGUCGAUAACUUAAUUGCUACGAUACAGAAAAAAUAUUCAGGAAUCCCCAGUUUCUAUGUAGCAAAACCUUCCAAUGGCGCUCGACAAUUACAUCUGUAACUAUAUUAUAAAAUAUAAUUCAUUUAAUAAAAUGGUGAUGUAAAUUUUCAACG